AUGAAGAGCGGUCUUUUAUAGAAUUAACAUAUUUUUUAAUAGUUUUUUUUGUGUAUUUUUUUUCUCAUUUUCCCAUCAGGAUGCAGGCCUCGUUGCCACUGGCGUGUUUUUUAUCAAUGAUACGUCCGCCGAGCAUUCAGUUCGAAUCAUCCCUGCUGCAAAUCGCGCCCGUCGACAAAGUCAAAUGCCCUUACGUAAGGGACGUCAGUGAUGUGCUUUUCCAGCUGUACACGAGACACAACCCAACAGCAGCACAGGGCCUGCUCAUCAAUGACGACGAGCGCCUGUACGCGUCCAACAUUGACUUCAAUGAUAACACUGUCAUCAUCUUCCACGCCUUCAUGGAAACUCCAGAUGACGGGAGCGUGCUGUGGUUGAGGGAAGCGUUUUUACCACGAGGAGACACAAAUAUCAUAAUAGUCAACGCUCAGACCUUGGAAGCGGGACCGUGGUACAUCAGAGCGGCGGAGAACACUUGGUAUAUCGGACGGAUUGGCGCACUAUUCAUAGACUAUCUCGUUUCAAGAGGUCUAAAAUUAUCAAGAACACACUUAAUUGGCCACAGUCUGGGAGCUCAGUCAGCGGGUGUCGCCGGUGGCUCGAUACGGUCAGGUAAAGUGUCCCGCAUCACCGGCUUGGACGCGGCCCUACCCUUGUUCAACAAACUCCCCCCGAAACAGCGGCUUGACCCCUCGGACGCUGAGUUCGUUGACGCCAUCCACACGGACGCUGGGAUAUUUGGGUUCAGAGACCCGGUGGGUCACGUGGAUUUCUACCCCAACGGCGGCAUCAGCCCUCAGCCUGGCUGUGAGUUGGAGAAUGUGGUGCCACAGCAACAACUGCUAUUCGACGUUUUCUGCAGCCAUUGGCGUUCGUACAUGUUCUUCUCGGAGUCGGUGGCAAGUCCGCAUAGCUUCGUCGCAACGCGUUGCGGAUCGUACAGAGAUUACGAGAACGGUUACUGCGCUGGGGAACCCACUACCCAUAUGGGAAUCGGAGUUAACGGAACGUAUGUUAGAGGGUCAUUGUAUUUGGAGGUUUCUGGUGGCACCGAAAUUUCUAUGGCAAAUAUGUCAGAUCUUAGCUUCUGGCACAACCUCGCUCUGAGUUGUUAAGGGCACGGAUCUUAGUUAUGUUUAUUCUUUUAUCAAUCACAUUCUGUGGAUGUUGUUUUUCGCACUAGAACUGUCCUGUUCACGUGUUAGGCCUUUAUUUCUGCUUCUUUAGAGCAGCAUUUAGUUUCUGCUUCCGCACUACUAUUUUAAUAUAAAAUAUAACUUGCAUCUCGCAUAUGGUUUGUCUUAAUUUACACAGAACCAAUAUCUUCAUGAU